AACGGAGGCUGCUACAUCGAGCUGCUGCUGCUGCUGAAGCAUCUGCAGCGCUGUUUGCCUGUUUUUUUGUUUCAUCCCAGAUGUGACACAGACAGAAGAUUAUCACCAACAACCCCCCUUUUUGCUGCUGAGGAUGUGUGUGAGGAUUUCGACGCGGAUCGGAUGGAUUCAAUGAAAGGAAUAACCGAGGGAAACAUGACAGGCAUCCUGCUCCCCUGACGAUUCUCUCUGGGAUGCAGUCAUAGUUUGAGGCCGGACAUGAUUUUAAUCUCAGGAGUUGCUGUAUUGGAUGCGAGAUGGUGCACGCCGCACCCCGAGGUAUACUGAUAAGGAGCUCUGUCCUUUAAUGCCUCUCAUCCGAUCCGGAUUUUUCCAGGACUGUGGCGCACAGUGAGCAUCUUGUUGUUGUGUUUUUUUUUUCACUGUUUGGAGGAGCUUCUGAUGUGGAGGGAUUGUGCUGUUUUGUCUGAAAGGAUCCACUGAGCACUGUUGCUCCCACCCAGAGAGGAGAACCAGCUGAGCUGCUCACCUGGUCAUUUCAACACACAAUAAUUAACCUUUCAGCAUGGCGGAGAGGGAGCAGAGCUCGGUCAGCAUCCCCAUGGAGGAGACCAAACUCCCGGGCGGAGCGCCCCAGGAGGCUCCGCUGCUCACCCACCUGAAGAAAGUGGAGAACCACAUCACUGAGGCCCAGCGCUUCUCCCACCUCCCACGCCGCUCUGCCGUGUACCUGGAGUUCAAUGAGCUGUCGUACACCAUCCGCGAGGGUCCCUGGUGGAGGAGGAGAGGUUAUAAAGCCCUCCUCAAGUGUCUGUCGGGAAGGUUCAACAGCAGAGAGUUGAUUGGCAUCAUGGGGCCCUCUGGAGCUGGGAAAUCCACUCUGAUGAAUAUUCUGGCAGGGUACAGGGAGACAGGCAUGAAGGGCCAGAUCCUGGUGAAUGGUCGGCCGAGGGACCUGAGGACCUUCAGGAAGAUGUCGUGCUACAUCAUGCAGGAUGAUAUGCUGCUGCCACACCUCAACGUGAGGGAGGCCAUGAUGGUGUCCGCCAAUCUGAAGCUGAAUGAGAGCAUGCAGGUCAAAAAAGAACUUGUGGAUGAGAUCCUGACUGCUCUGGGUCUUCAGGAGUGUGCACAGACGCGCACCAACUUUCUCUCCGGGGGCCAGUGUAAACGACUGGCCAUCGCCCUGGAGCUGGUCAACAACCCUCCUGUCAUGUUCUUUGAUGAGCCCACCAGUGGUUUGGACAGCUCGUCCUGCUUCCAGGUGGUUUCCCUCUUGAGGUCUCUGGCUCUGGGAGGACGGACAAUCAUCUGCACCAUUCAUCAGCCCAGUGCCAAGCUAUUUGAGAUGUUUGAUAAGCUGUACAUCCUCAGUCAGGGUCAGUGCAUAUACAAGGGCACAGUCCCUUACCUCAUCCCUUAUCUGAAGAACCUGGGCCUCCACUGCCCGACGUACCACAAUCCUGCUGACUUCAUCAUUGAGGUGGCGUCAGGGGAGUAUGGGGAUCUGAAUCCAGUGCUGUUUGAGGCGGUUCAGGGUGGACUGUGCUCCGAGGAGGGAAAGAAGAACUCCAGAGACAAGAGUGACUCUUCCUGUCCCUCUCAAUGCCACAGUGAAACUGGAACCCUUGAGAAACAUAGCUUUGCCACCAGUACAUUUACACAGUUCUGCAUCCUCUUCAAAAGAACCUUCAUUACAAUAUUAAGGGACAUGGUGCUGACCCACCUCAGGGUGAUGUCCCAUAUUUGUAUUGGAGUGCUGAUUGGCCUGCUUUAUCUCAAUAUUGGAAAUGAUGCCAGCAAGGUCUUCAACAACACUGGCUUCCUCUUUUUCUCCAUGUUGUUCCUCAUGUUUGCUGCGCUGAUGCCCACCAUCCUUACCUUUCCUCUGGAGAUGUCUGUGUUUUUAAGGGAACAUCUGAACUACUGGUACAGCCUGAAGGCCUAUUACUUGGCCAAAACCAUGGCUGAUAUACCGUUUCAGGUAAUUUGUCCAAUCAUGUACUGUAGUAUAGUGUACUGGAUGACUGAACAGCCUCCGGAGGCCAGUCGCUACAUUCUCUUUAUGGCCUUGUCCACAUCCACGGCGCUGGUGGCCCAAUCCCUCGGCCUGCUUAUAGGGGCUGCAUCCACAUCUCUGCAGGUGGCUACCUUUGUGGGUCCAGUCACAGCCAUACCUGUGCUCCUCUUCUCUGGCUUCUUCGUCAAUUUUGACACCAUUCCCAAAUACCUACAGUGGAGCUCUUAUGUUUCCUAUGUCAGGUACGGCUUUGAGGGGGUGAUACUCUCUAUCUAUGGGAUGAACCGGUCCGAGCUGGAGUGUCCCGGCGUGGUGUGUAAGUUCCAGAAGCCAGAGGAGGUCCUCCAGCUGCUGGAUGUGGAGGAUGCAAAGCUCUACGUGGACUUCAUGGUGCUCGGGGUUUUCUUCAUUCUCCUCAGACUGGCUACUUACCUGGUUCUGCGUUACAAAGUCAAGUCAAUGCGUUAAGACGUCCAGGCGCUCGUAUCCGGUGUGAGAUAGUAAGCAAACAUAUAGGUCUCUCUUUCUCUGUCUCUUCUUUACAUACAUGUACAAAGACAUACACAAGUCCAGCACAUACAAAUCAUCAGAAAGCUGUGCUGCCACACCAAACUGUACAGUCUAAUAUUAUCUUUUAAAUGGUUAGUUCUUCAAGAGAAAGGAAAAAGUGUUGUUCCAACCAUUAUUAGUUGUCCUUCAGGUAACAGUUUCAGAUCGCCAUUACCUUCCAAAAUUAUUGUGUAUCUGCACUAUAUGUAAACAGAAUACCCGACAAAGUAACAGAAAGCAUGUGUCUUUAAAGUGAGAAAUUUUGGCUUUGUCCACAUGAAUCAUGAGCUAAAGCCUCCGUGUACGAUAACUAGUAGCUUCUCAAUCCAGGAACCUGAUUUCAGAAUCCUUCUAAUGCCAUCAGGAAAAACUUUCAGUGCCAGAAAACUUUUGUGCAGCUUCUCGCUUUCCUUGUAGGAUCAUCUCAUCAGGUAUCCUCAACAAGACGCUUGAUGAACAUGAUGGCUUUUCUUUUUUUCCGGAUUAACAAACUGACUGCCAGUGGGUGACUUUCCUUGCUUUUCAUCCCUCAGUGUUGAUCCUUUUUGCAGGACCUUCUGCCCUACCAUCGACAGCGGCAGAACAUUUAGAUGAAAUGUUUGUAAAAAAAUUUAAAAAGUCAAGCAGUAUAUCUUAUAUAAAGACUGAUAUGGAUUCCCCCUGCGACCCGGCCUAUGAUCCUUAUAUAUCCUGCCAUAACCGAGGAAGCAUUCAGAAAGCAAGCAUGACCGCUGUUUCCAGCCUGAUGCAGAGGACUGUUGUGCGGGGAGGAUAGUGUUUUAGUGCGACAGCUUGUGCUACGGUUAAAAAAGUCUAAUCAGUGUCGCUCUUUUGACACAGUCCUUUGAACUCCUUGUUGUACGACUCUUUAGCUGCCUCCUUCCCGAGCUACGAAAGGAAAAAUAUCCUAUUUUCUCUCCUUCUCUUCUUCUUCUGCUUUGCUGAUGUCUGACAGAUGUGUGUUGUCCGAAACAAUGCUAGAUAUACUUGAAAUGCUGGCUGGGCAGUUUUUGUGCCUCUGAACUAGAAUGAUUUGAGUUUCCUCUGCUUCAUUGUUUGCACAUACACCUUAUGUACAUGCUGAUUCUCUCUCUCUCUCUCUGUCUCUUUCUCUCUGUCUCUCUCUCUCUCUCUCACACACACACACACACACACACACACAGACAGGUACAUAUGCACACACGCAAGCAAACACACACAUUCACCCUUGGCAAUGUUUAGAAGAGCCUCUCCUUGUUGCAGGGCAAUGCAAAUAUUUUCCAAUAGACUUGCUAUGAAAUAUUUCUUACUCAAACUAUGCUACUUAGUAAUCCUUAUUAUAAUGCACAAAUAAUGUGAGUAUAUAAUCAAUGAUUGUACAGUGAAUAUGUCAUGCUGUAAACAAAAUGUACAUUUGCACUUUUCAAUGUAUGUUUAUUCUUUUUAAAUUAUUUGUAUUUUAUUUUAUUUUUAUAUAUCUAUGUGAUGCUUGAAAGUAUAACAGGAUAAAAAAAAACAGCAACCGAAUGUUGCAUGUUCACAUUAGGAAUGAAAUUUAUGAAAUAUUAAAUUUCAGAGUAAAGCAUAAACAAUUUUAUUUCCUCAUCAGAAAUGUAUGUAUGUAUGUAUGUAUCUGAAACCAUGUUUGGGGAGAUGCAAAUCCUCUGCUUUGUGCUAAACAUUUUUAGAAUAUAUCUGGAAUAUCGGAGUGCGUCACUGCUGUAUAUAAAAAAAGAAUCAGGAGUGAGAAGGUAAUGUGGAUAUGUGUGAAAUGUGCAGGAAGGAAGAAGGCAAAGAUGAACAACCAAAUGUUUCGUUAGAUGAACAGACUGAGAGAAGAUGAGUGCAGCAGGUGGAGUCCUCCACUGACAGAAUGCUGCAGGUGGAGGUUUAGAUUCUGUCAUUAAUAGCAAUAGUCAAAAAUGUGAUGUUUAAUUGUUAUACCUCCAAACUGCUGUGGCAUCAGUCAGUUCAUAUGUUUUAUAUCAAGAGCUUGACUUGAGUUUUAUUAUGUGCAAUGAUCAUCCAAAGGUGUUUUAUGAGACAAAUUUCAUGAAGGGAAAACAUGACGCUGCAAUAUGUCUUUAAUCUUUUUCUCUUUUUCUGUUCAGUUAGUAACUUGGUGGAUGUGUUUACUCGAUGAGCUUCUAAUUGGAGGUACAGCAGCUGAUGGUACUGUGGAUGGGUGCUGGAAAACCACCAGGCUUUAACGUCAAGAUAAUUAGUUCUCAAUGGGUAGCAUGGGAGAAAUGUUGCAUAAAGCCAGUUUUACUGCCAACACAGCAGAUAUGUGUUUUCCCCAAAUUAUAUCAAAAAGCCAAGAGUUGGUAGGAGACCUGCAGGUAAAUUUAAAAGAAGAAGAAAGAAACAGCUCCAGCCCCGGAACAAAGGAGAGAUAAUUAGUAGUGUUGAAGUCAUUAACCAAAUGUGGGAACAUCUCUGCCUGAGGUCUUAAUAAGGCCUGUGGUGCCAAAGAAGAAAACAAAUCAUCCUUCUUCUGCUGCAAAAUGUGAAAUGUAGAGAGUGAACCUCUCAGUAAGAUUAUGGUAUCAAAUGUUCUCAUUCGUUUUCUGACCAAAGAGAGAGAGAGCUCCAGAAAGUCGCCCACGAUGUUCGUAAUUCAAAUCCCAUUGAAUUUCCCUUAAUUUCUGGAUUUUUAAUGGAAAAGUGAUCAUCACUGCCUGGUCUGAUCUGACUCCAGUGGAGAGACUAUAAUCGUGUGUGAGCAGUGCUGUGAAAGUGACAGCAGGAUGCAGCUGAUGAGCCAAUCAAAAUGCUUUUUCACUCUCUUUGACACUUUGAUUUAUCACGUCAUUUUUCGCCUGUUUUUCACAUUAGUGCACUCUACCAUGCAUGGUGAAUAAUAAUAAUAACAAUAAUAAUAACAAUAAUAAUUAUUAUAAUUAUAUAAGCUAUCCCUACAGAAAGCUGAGUUGUCUGAUUGAACAUUAGCGGUAGAAUGGAAGGCUGUUUAACACCGAUUGUUCUUUAUUUUUUAUUUGAUAUCAUUUGUUUUCAUUUAAUUUAUUGUUUCUCAACUCAAAAAAAUGCAAGUUCUGUAUACUGAACGCUGUUCCAAGGAUUAUAAUAAAGCUCAUUUAUAACCUU